CCGCAACAAACAAAUCCGCAUCAGUACAAGUUGUGAAGCGUUAGCAAUUACACUAAACAGCGUCCGUUUCGAAACGAGACGCCAUCGAAAUCGCUAAUUGUUCAUUCAUGCAACGCUCUCAAUCACUGCGCCAUCUAUCAGACACUGGCCAGACAAUUCUCUGCUCAGACAAUUUUCUACUAUAAAACAAUACCACUGGGACGAUAUGGAAUAAUAGAAUCAGUGCAGCAACAACAACCAGCAAGUGUAAAUACCAUCUAUUCGGAAAUUUUGCGAGCGGGAAAAGAAAGAAAGUCAAAAUGAAAUUUAAAAAUGAGGUGGCGCUACUUUUGGCCGCCGCAUUCAUUGUGGCUAUAACACCAGCAAGUGGUAUGGGUAGUCCAGCAAUAGAGCCAGAUACCAGCGAUAAAUGGAUUUGCAGUUCCACAGAGAUGUGCCAGUUAGAUGAUGCCUCGAAUAUUGGCGAUGCCAAGCGUUAUGAGACCCAACACGAUUGCCGCAUGUCUUGCGGCAAGUAUGGUGCCAUCUGGCCCAUGCCCACCGGUAAUUGUGUGCUCGGUCAGGAGCGUAUACAUUUUGAUCCAUGGAAGGUACGCUUCAAUGUAGUCGCUCCCAGUGCUGCCUCCACACAAUUCAUACGUGAAACAAAUCGAAUUUUUGUCAGCAACAUCAUCAAGGAAUGCCUAAGAAAUUGUACACUGGAACAGAGUAAAGAAGUAUUGGUCAAGGCCACAAUAAAUUCAACAGAUUUAACAUUGGAUUGGUCAACAGAUGAAUCAUAUCAGCUGACAAUACGCACAACAGGUACUGCCACUUUUGUCGACAUCAAAGCGCCAAAUGUUUAUGGCGCCCGACAUGCCUUUGAAACUUUGAGUAACUUAAUCACUGGGUGCAAGGGAAAUGGUCUAUUGAUGGUUAGCAAUGCUCAAGUGACAGAUCGGCCCAAGUUUCCGCACAGAGGUGUUCUCCUGGAUAGCUCCAGGAAUUUCAUGCCUCUAAAGCAGAUACGAAAUACCAUCGAUGCCAUGGCAGCAUCCAAAAUGAAUGUCUUCCACUGGCAUGUGGUGGAUACGCAUAGUUUUCCCUUGGAAAUAACCCGUGUACCGGAAAUGCAACGUUUUGGUGCAUAUGGUGCACCAUACACCUACUCCAGCGCUGAAGCUUCAAAUUUGAUUAAAUACGCCCGUUUGCGUGGCAUACGUGUGCUCAUUGAAAUAGAUGGUCCUUCGCAUGCAGGCAACGGUUGGCAAUGGGGUCCCUUGGCCGGCAUGGGCAACAUGGCGGUGUGCAUUAACCAAAAACCUUGGCGCAAUUAUUGUGUUCAAGCUCCCUGCGGUCAAUUGAACCCACUCAACUCCAACAUGUAUUCGAUAAUGAAGGAAAUCUAUGAGGAUAUUGCUCAAAUUGGUCCUCCCGAAGAAACCAUUCACAUGGGUGGUGAUGAGGUCUACAUUGCCUGCUGGAACAAUACCCCGGAAAUAACCAAGCAUAUGCGCGAAAUUGGCUAUGAUCUAUCACUGGAUAGUUUUUACAAAUUAUGGUCGAAUUUCCAUGAGAAAAACUUGGAAUCUUGGGAUGAAGUAAAUCAACGCCAAUAUCCUCACUUAAAAGAACCCAAGCCCACAAUUGUGUGGUCUAGUCAUCUAACCGAUCCUCAACACAUUGAGAAAUAUCUGCCCAAAGAAAGAUUCAUCAUACAGACUUGGGUAUCCGCCGAUGAUCCUUUGAAUAAUGUUCUACUUGCCAAAGGAUAUCGACUGAUACUCUCCACCAAGGAUGCUUGGUAUUUGGAUCAUGGUUUUUGGGGACGAACCCAAUACUACAAUUGGGCCAAGGUGUACAACAACAAAGUUGACAAGAAUGCCAAUAUUCUGGGUGGGGAAGUGUGUAUGUGGAGUGAAUUUGUGGAUCAGAACUCUGUGGAGGCGCGCAUUUGGCCCCGUGCUGGUGCUGCUGCUGAACGUCUGUGGUCAAAUCCUAAAACGAGUUCCUUGCAAGCCCAAUAUCGUUUCUAUCGCUACCGCGAUCGUUUGAUAUCCCGAGGCAUUCGUCCCGAUGCUGUGGUCCCCAAAUGGUGCAUUCUCAACGAAGGCCAUUGCAUGUAGCCUGAAGACACAACCAUAUCAAAAGUUUGAUUUUUUUGUUUUGUUUUAUUUUUAGAAAGCCUUGAUCUUUACAGAUCAAAAUUUAAGUGCCUUAACAUAAGCCAAAAAAUUUUACAAUAAAUAAAUAUUUAUUACAAUUUUA